UCGGGGGAUGGACUCCGGCAGCCUUACGAGUAGUGGGGACGGCGGGUCCGGACUGGAGGCCAUGGCUGGCUGCGUCUGGCUCGCUUGGGGCUCAGGGGUGCUGCACAACCAGGACAGAGAGAAGGCGCGUCCUGCCCCAGAGACCCGAGAGGCAAAGUUUCAGUUUCGUUUCCCGGGAGGUCCCUCCCUGUUCCCCGCAGAGCCGCCGCCUCUCUUGCUCUGCAGUCGGCCAGGGCCAUCACCCGGGCACCAUCUCCUGGAUUACAGAGUACACUUGGAAACACAAACGAGUAUAAACAUCCGGAGACCCGCGUGGGACGUGAAGAAUGGCCUAUUACACGCCGAUGAUUCUCUUGAACACUACCAUAGAUGGCAAAUUCCCAUUAAACACAACAUCUUCGAAAUUUUGAAAAGCAAUGAGAGUCAGUUGUAUGAAGUCCUCCAGAAAAAGUUUGGAUGUAUCUGUACCCUGAGAUAUCCAACUCCAGCAGGAAGCAGCUCUCCUGCUCAGAAGGUCUUCAGAAGGAUGCUGACCCCUGGGAUAGAGCUAUCUGUCUGGAAGGAUGACCUCACCAGACAUGUUGUUGAUGCUGUGGUGAACGCAGCCAAUGAAGACCUUUUGCAUGGAGGUGGCCUGGCUGGAAGCUUGGUGAAAAUUGGUGGCUCUGAAAUCCAAGAAGAGAGCAAAAAAUGGAUUGCCACCCAUGGUAAAAUUCCAGUCGGUGGAUUUGCUGUCACCAGAGCGGGGAAGCUUCCUUGCUAUUUGAUUAUCCAUGCAGUUGGACCUCGGUGGACCGUUAUGGACAGCCAGACAGCUAUUGGAUUACUGUCAGUCGCCAUUACCAACAUUCUAGACUAUGUCACCAAAUGGAAUACAUGCAUUAAGACAGUAGCAAUUCCAGCCCUGAGCUCUGGAAUUUUCCAGUUCCCUCUGCAUUUGUGUACACGCAUAAUUGUAGAAACUAUCUGUCUUUAUUUCCAAGACAAGCAAACAGUCAGUAAUUUGCGAGAGAUUCAUCUGGUGAGCAAUGAGGGCCCCACUGUUGAGUCCUUUAAAUCCUCCUCAGAAAACAUCUUCGGGAAGGAGCCGAGCUCCUGGGAGAGCCUAGAAACUAACCCUUCUUCCAACGUAACUCUUCACAUUGGCCAGGGCCUGACUCUUCAGAUUGUCCAAGGCUGCAUUGAGCUGCAAACAACAGAUGUAAUUGUUAAUUCUGGACACCUGCAGGAUUUUAAAUCGGGACAAGUGGCACAAUCGAUUCUUAAAAGAGCAGGGUUUGAAAUGGAAAUGGAACUUGACAAGAUUAAACUGUCCUCAGAUUAUCAAGUGGUACAGGUCACAAAAGGAUUUAAAUUGUCCUGUCAGUACGUGUUCCACGUGUCAUGGCAUUACAGUAUCAGCAAGGACCAGAUAUUGAAAAAUGCAAUGAAGUCCUGUCUAGAAAGAUGCCUUAAACGAGAUAUAAAUUCCAUUUCCUUUCCUGCUCUCGGGACAGGAGCAAUUAAUUUAGAGAAGAGUAUAGCAGCUAAGAUAAUGUUUGAGGAAAUUGUUGCAUUUGCUAAAGAGCACAAGGAGAAAACGUUAACUGUGAAGAUUGUGAUCUUUCCAGUAGAUGUGGAGACAUACAAGGUUUUUUGUGCUGAAAUGACGAAAAGGUCCAGUGAGCUGAAUCUCAACAGUGAUGGAGGCCUUUUAUCCCUGCCGUGGACCAGAGGGGAGCAAAGAAGCAGCAGCCUUGAGGAUGGAUCUCCUGCCAUCGAUCUCAUGGGUGUAGAAGUGGGAGAGAUGUGUGAGGCCAAGGAAUGGAUUGAAAGGUUGCUGACCUCCAAGGACCAUCACAUCGUUGAGAAUAAUCAUAUUCUCUACCUUGGGAUAAAAGAGCACGGCAUGUUGUCUCAGCUCCAGACAAGUUCAAACGUCUCCAUUUCAGCGACAGUCAGUCCUAGAACGGCAACUUUAGAGGUUAAAGGUUCCCAGGCCGACCUCAUUGAAGCAGUUAUGAAGAUUGAAUGUAUGCUGUGUGGAGUUCAGGAAGAAGUGGCAGGAAAAAAGGAAAGAAGUCUUCGGAGCUUGUCAGAUAGAGAAGAUGGGACAGAAACAGAAAGGAGCAAAACAGUGAACCUCCAUCUCCCAAAGCCACGUGGAAUCCCAACAGAGAUAGUCAGGAGGAUCAGGAGUUCAAGGCUACCCUCAGCUACAAAGUGAAUUGGAGUCUAACAUGCCCUACAUAAAAUCCUGUAUUCAAACAAAACAGUCAGCUCUCCCAAGUGUUCCUUCUGGUCAUGAGUAUAUUUGUGUAUUUGUGGCUAACAGACUGAGCGAAUAAAUAAACCAUUCUGGCUCAGGGUUAGGUCAUUCGGUUUUCAUGAUUGAGGGUAUAAAUAUUUUUAUUUAUUCUCUGAGACUUUCAUACAUGUAUACAAUAUAUGAAAUUUUGAUUAUAUUCACCCCAUUCUUCUGUUCUAGUUCCUCGUAGACCUCCCUGCUGGGAUGACUCACAAAUAUUGUAUUUGUGAAUUUGUGAAAUAUUAUGAAAAACCAGUAAAUACAAUAAUACCAGUAAACCUCACAACUGUUAAUUGUUAGGCCAGGCUGCACCAGGCUAGCAGGAUAUGUAAAUGUUUGUCACAUCCUCACCUGCCCAAAAAGAGAGGCAUGCUGCUGUGGGGAACAUCACAUAGCCCCCAGUGCCAACUGGUUGAGUUUGCAUAAGAAAGAGCUGGGGGCUGGGCCUGGGCCUGGGCCUUGAGCAGAAAGACCUACAAGAAAGAGACACUCUUGAGAGUCAAAUGGAGUGACUCAGUGGUAGGUAAUUUGGGUAAGUUUAGAUGGGCUAGAUAAGGAGCAGUCCCAGCAAACAGGCCAACGGCUUUAAAGUGUAUAGAUGUCUAUGUGUCUUUGUUAUUAUUAUUGUAUUACUUUUAUCCUUCCCAGUGUCUUUAUUAUUAUUAAGCCUCAAGCAGGACCUGUAAAAGCCUCACAAUAUCCCCUCCACAUUUCCCUUCCAACUUCAUGUCUUUUUUAAAAAAAGUCCACUGAGUCCAAAUGGAGCCUUCCAUAUGCACGUGAAUCUAAUGCUAUCCAGUGGACCAUGAACAACCUACUGGGCUACAUCCUUGAGAAAAAUGGACUCUUCCUCCUAGUGGCCAUCAGAUAUCAUAGGUCCUUAGUUCGAGGGGCAGUUCCUGAGGCUCUACCCUUCACAUGCUCAGAUUUUGACUGGCUUCAUUUUAUGCAUAUCUGGUACAGGCAGCCACAGCUGCUGUGAGUUCCUGUUUCCAGCACCUCUGUUGUAUCCAGACUUUCUCUCUCUCUCUCUCUCUCUCUCUCUCUCUCUCUCUCUCUCUCUCUCUCUCUUUCUCUCUCUCUGUCUUUUAAAAAAGAGGUCUCAAGUAGCCCAAACUGGCCUUGACCUCCUUACAUACCUAAGGAUGGCCUUGAGCUUCUGGUUCUUCUGCCUGUGUGGCUCUUGAGUGCUGAAUUUACAGGUCUCUGCCACUGUUACGUUAUCUGUGCUGAUGAAAGGAGCCAAUUCGAGCCAAAUUAAAGUAUAUAAAGGCAGGUUUAUUGGGUACAGCUCUCAGACUGGCUCAUUGAGUUGCUGUGCAGGUGAGGAGACAGAGAAGUGGGAGGCCAGAGAGAAGAAAGGGAGGGAGAGCGGCAGAGCGGCAGAGGAGAGAACCAAAAUGUCUGGGUUAUACAUGGAAGAGCCUCCUGGGGAGGGGAAGCCCAGCCACAGGCUUCAGGGUAGAGGGCAGGAUAUGCUAGUCAUGCGCUGUAGCAGUUAGGGACUGAGGGAUGCUGGGAGAGCCUAGAGACUGGUUCUGCUUUGUAUGUUAAAUAGACACCUCCACAGCUUGUUCUGAGCCUGAAUCCCAACGGUGCCUAACCUUUUUUUUUUCUGUUUUGCUUUUGAGAUAAGGUCUAACACUAUAACCCUGGCCAUCCUAAAACUGACAAUGUAUCCUGGGUGAGCUUUGAACUUAGGAUAGUCCUCCUGUCUCAGCCUCCCUGAGGUUACAGAUGUGAGUCACCAUAGUUAGCUGAGGUCACAUCACUUUGAUAGGUCAUGUCUUAUCUUUCUACUGUCAUUUGUUCAUUAAUAAAUCAAUCAGUAAUAAACAGGUAAGUUGGAUGUACUUGUUGUCAGGGAUUACACAGAAAGCCUAAAGACCAAGUUAGAGCCGUGCAUGAAAGACAACAAAAAUGGAACAGGCCCAAUUCUGCGAGUGGAGCAUUAACAUUUAACUGUGUUUUGCCUGAUUACUUAGAGUUUUAUUACACUGAUGUAUUUCUGGCAACAUUAUGGUCUCUAUAAUUGCUGUUUUGAACUCUGGUCACCAGCAAAAGUAAUAACUGGUAUUGUGAGAUGUAACCAAGUACCUCUUAGUCAAUAUUAUUACACUCAUCAGAGGAACUUUGGGGGUUUAGAUCUAUGGAAAUCCUUUGCGAGCCUAGAGCUAGCUAAGAUAUCGUCUCAUUUAAAAUGCCACUUCGAUGGUCAGCAAGAAGGCUCAGCAGGUAAAAGCACUUGCCAUCUUACCUGAGUUCAAUCCCUGGAAUUGAGUGGUAGAAAAGAACCAACUCCCACAAGCUGUCUCGGCUUCUGUCUGUAUCCAUGGGUCCAGGCACAUACCCACAUGCACACAAAUAAAUAAAUGUGAUUAAAAAAAUGUGUCACUUUGAGUGAUGGCAGAUCCUUAUAAUCCCAGCAGUCAAGAGGUGAGGCAGAAAGGCAAGCUUAAGCUAUCUAAUGGGAUAGAGAUCCUGGCCAAAAGAAAAAGCAAAGUAAAACACAGUAACCAAACAAGAAAAGCAAAAUCCUGUGUCAUCCUGGAAGACAGAUUAUACCAUUGACCUACUAUGGACUGCACUGUGCUAGAUACUGCUGAUAAACGUGGUGGGCAUUGUCCCUGCAGUCUGAGGACACUGAUAAGGUAAUGGGUGAGCUAUGACAGAGGGAGGCAGCUGUGCUCUGGGAAUACAGAGGACACCUCGUGCCCACCUGGGAGCCCAGGAUGAGACUUCUUGAAGGAGGUCUGGGGAAUAGAAAGCUGAAUAAGUGGCAGCUAACCAGAGGAAGAAAUGAGUGCAGGGCUAAUGAGCUGCAGUGGCACAUGAUGUGACUGCACUCAGGGACAGGCAGAGAGUCAGGAGUUCAAGGUCAUCCUCUGCUGCGUGGUAGAUUUCAGGUCAGGCCGGGCUACACGAGGCCCCCUCUUAGGAAACAGAGGCUGGAAAAGUGGCAGUUAAGACACUUGUUGAGGGGUUGGGGAUUUAGCUCAGUGGUAGAGCGCUUGCCUAGCAAGUGCAAGGCCCUGGGUUCGGUCCCCAGCUCUGGAAAAAAAAAAAAAAAAAAAAAAAGAAAAGGAAAAAAAAAAGACACCUGUUGAUUUUACAGAGGACCUGGGUUUUGUUCCCAGUGUCCACGUGACAUCUCACAACGGCCUUUAAUUCUAGUUCCGGAGCGUCUGAUCCCUCUUCUUACCUCUGCUGCUACCACACACACACAUUCGUAGUGCAGAGUUGUGGGAGUCUCAUGUUCUUUGGUAGAAGACUAGGCAUGUUUCUUCACAGUAGCAUUUCAGAGGUUCAAACCAAUGUCCUCUUUUAGGUUGAAGUUUGUGUUAUUAAGAGAGGAAAAUUUUGAAAUUCCGUUAUUCUAUGGGAUGUCAACUAUAUAUUAGAAAAAUUUAAGCAAAAAUUGACCUGAGGUGGUGUUAAGGGUCCAUGAUUCGCUGAAGAAUGAUACCCCAAAAUAGUAUGUAAAUGCAAAGAGUGUUUUAUUCUGCUGAAGUCCAGCAUGCUGGGGUCUCCCAUUGCCAAGACAGAGACACAACCAAGUGAGCUCGCAGGCCUGAGUUAAAGCACAUUAGGGGAUUCCAGGAUAAGUGGCCUUUAUCUUUUUCCGUCUCUAGGGACAUUCCAUGAGUGGAGGUGGGGGGAGUGGGUGUGAGUGGGUGGGCUAGAAACUUGCUGAGGAAAUAGCUGAGGAAGUCUGGAAACUGCUGUUGACCCUUUGUCCUUGCCUCAGGCCAGGUGGCAGGGCUUCUGAGGACAGGAGUUGCUUGGAGUUGCCCAGUUCUUGGAAACAGAUUUAGCCCUCUCUCUUGAACUGCCGAUUUGAAGCCUGUCAGAGAGUCAGCGGAACCUCCGUUCCAGCUGUUGUAUCUUUUCUGAUGAUUACUUCUGACAGUAGAAGCUUGUGGAUCUUUGUGUCUCCCAUGCCCCACCCGUGCAGAGCCUGGUCUGCAGCAGGAGUUUGGUUAGUGUUUGAUGAAUUCAGGAGACCUGAAAGCUAAUCUCCUGCUUUAUAAAUGUGUGAUGUACAGUCUCUUCCGUAGAGGUCUGGGGCUCUGGAUUGCUUCUGCUUUUGUCUCUCUUGUUUUCUUAGAUUGACAAUUGAGUCCUCUAUGGAGUUACUUUAAACAUGUCACCUGCAUUGCACGGUUAAAUCAAAGUCCAUUUGACUAGGCGCUGGACUGUGCUUAGGCUGUUUUACUAUGUUUGUUCUCCAGUCAAACUGAAGUUACAUGGAUAAAGCGAGCUUACUUACACACACCCCUACCUCCACCACCACCGCCUGUGUGUUUGUCUACUUGUGUGUUCAGUCAAGUAGAGAGGUUCCUUGGAUAAAAACAUUAAAUUUCAAGAUUGAAGGGAAGAGGAAAGAAGGGGGGAAAGAAGCAAAGGGAGGAAAACAAGGAAAGGAGGGAGGAAGCAGAGGACACCAUAGAUUCUUCAGCUCUGGAAUCUGCUCCUGCUCAAACCACGAGUGACAUAUGUCAUGUCUCCUUGUGGAAAUCACAAGGGAAAGCCAGGUUUCUAAUCUUACCUACUUUGUUGGGUUAGGUAAGUUGCUUAACUUUCCUGAAUUUCUUCUUCCUUGAUUAUAAAGCUCUGUUGAUCAUUUCUGUGGUGGUUUGAUAAAGAGGAGGUAAAGAAGUGAAUGGGUUUGAAAACUGAAACGUUGUAUGAAUGUCUUGUCUCCCAUGCUUUCUGCAUUUUUAAUUUUUUUUUUUUUAUGUGUCUGGGUGCUUUCCGUGCGUGGUACAUAUGCAAUGCCCAUGUACAUAUGCAGUGCCCAUGAAGGCCAGAAGAGGGUGUCACAUCCUUUGGGACUUGACCUACGUUCUGGGAAUCAAACCCAAGAACCCAGGUCCUCUGCAAGAACACGUGCUCUGAACUGCUGAGCCAGCUUUCCAGUCCCCUUUAUGUUUUCUUAAUUCUUUGCAGCUUGGCUCAGGUACGAACAUUUCCUGAGCAGUGUCACUGUUUACUAUGACCAUAGCAUUAUUGUAGGGAGAAAAAUGUAAUUACUGCUUUCCUCACCCACAUCUUUGUAGUCUUAUGGCCCACACCAUCAAAGACAAGUGGAUCAUCCCUCUAUUUUAUCCUGUGACUUACUGUACUGCAGUUCUAGAACCAGGGUUUUAGGGCGUAAGCUCUGGCUUCAGUUGCCUCAGGAGUCUUAGCUCGGCCACCCUUCCCAGGACUCAGAGCAGUAGUAGUGAAAAGCAGAGAAAGAUUUUAUUAGUUUACAUCAGGAAGAGGAAGGGAUAAAAGGUCCCCCGGUGGGGCUGGGGAUUUAGCUCAGUGGUAGAGCACUUACCUAGGAAGCGCAAGGCCCUGGGUUCGGUCCCCAGCUCCGAAAAAAAAGAACCAAAAAAAAAAAAAAAAAAAAAAAAGGUCCCCCGGACUUUCAGUUUCUUCUUCUGGUUACUUGUGUGAGUUUUAGGUUUAAUUAAAGGAUGAAUUAUGGGACAUGGCUUAGCAGUUAAGAGAUGAGUCCUACCCUUUUGGAGGACCUGGGUUUGAUUAUUCCAAACACUUGCAGUCACUAAGAAGCUAAACCCCAGUUCCAGAGGAUCUGAUGCCCUCUUCUGGUCUCCCGCCUGUACUGCAGGCACACAGUGCACAAGACACGCAUGCAGGCAGAACACACAUGGCACAUAAAAUGAAAAUAAAUCUCGAAAGGAAAAAAAGACGACUUUGAGGGCAGGCAGAGAAAGCACGCAGUCCUCCUCAGGCCUUUCCUGCUCAUCAUCACCUCAGCUCAGGGUCUGCAAGGUGGCCUCAUAAAUUACUGUUAAUAACAGUCUUCUAGGGGAGGGACUAACCCAGAUUCUACAAGAAGAUCCGUCUCCAUCACAGACGAUUGUUCUCAUCAUGCAGGUGGCCUCAAGGUGACUAAUGUUAAGAUAAAGUAGACUGUACUCCUUACUAAUAGACGUGCCUGCACACGUAGGUCUGAAGUAAAAGAGACAAAUGUGAAGCGUAGAGGUGGCAGGCUUCUAUCUUGUUUUAGAUACCUUUAGGACCAAAUGAAGAGCAAAGGUUUCUGUUGGUUUUAAUCAGAAGCCGCUCCGGAGGACCUGGUACAGCUCUUCCAGCAUGUCCUAAACAGUACAAAGCAUAUGCUCCCAAUGGGAUAGUCUUCUACACUCUUAGAUACUAGAUAUUUAUUUUGGUUUUUUUGAGACAGGGUUUCUCUGUGUAGCUGUCUUGGAACUCGAUCUGUAGACCAGGCUGGCCUCGAACUCAAGGUGGCUCAAGCUCUUUAUUUCACAGUGUGCAUACACCAGGCAUGCAUAUACUGCCGUAUCCACCUGCCUCUGCUUCCCGACUGGUGGGAUUAAAGGUAUGCACCACUACUGCCCGUCAUGAAUUUGUUUUGGGGUUCAGUGGUUAAGAGCACUGUCAGUUCUUACAGAAGCCCUGAGUUCGAUUCUCUACAACCAUAUGGUGGCUCCCGACCAUCUAUACUAGGAUCUGAUGCCCUCUUCUGGCAUGCAGGUGUACAUGCAGAUAGAGCACUGAUAUAAAAUAAACUUAAAAAAAAAAAUGAACAUUUUCCCCUGUGUUCAUGAAACAUUGAAACAAAGUUUUAUCAUGGUUUUUAUUUAUUUAUUUAUUUUUAGGAUGGGGAACUGACCAGCAAGGAAAACUGAAAGAAAUG